AUGAAGUUGACUGCAGAUCUCAUCGCACGGGCACCAUGCUACCUCAAUGCCCUCCAGGACCGGGAACUGGACCUUCGCAGCUACAAGAUCCCUGCUAUUGAGAACCUUGGAGUCACCAAGGACUUGAACGACUCGCUGGACCUGACAGACAACGAUAUCAGAGCCCUCGCAAACUUUCCCGUCCUCUACCGCCUCAAGACCCUCCUCCUCUCUAAUAACCGCAUCUCCAAAAUCGACCCCGAGCUCCUCUCAAGCUACCUCCCCAACCUCACCACCUUGGUCCUCACCAACAAUGCCGUUGCUGAACUUUCGGAUCUUCAGGGACUUGCGGGAGCAAAGUUUCUGGAGCAUUUGGUCCUGUUGGAUAACCCGUUGACAAAGAAAAAAUACUACAGGCUCUAUGUUAUCUGGAAGUUGCCGACUGUCAGAGUGUUGGAUUUCACAAAGGUCGCCCGGAAGGAGAGACAGGAGGCAAAGAAACUAUUCGACGGAAAGGCAGGCCCCUCCGCAUUAGCAGAGUCGAUCGCCGCCACAAAAUCGACCACCUCAACCUUCGAGCCCGGCGAGGGCGUGCCCCUGCCACUCAAGUCGAGCGUACCCACAUUGACCAUGUCCAAGGAAGACCAGGACAAGAUCAGGGCUGCUCUUGCCAAGGCUACGACGUUGGAUGAGAUCUCACGACUGGAACGUGCGUUGAAGGAGGGCAAGAUUCCGAGUGAUUUGAAGGAUCAGCAGGAGACGCAAAGUCGUAAGAAGCAGAAGCUGGAUGACGGCGAGCAGGAAGAGGAGGAGGAGGAUACACCCAUGGCGUGA